UUGGUGGUGGACAGAUGCCCCCGCCAAUCCCCCAAUUGCCGCCACAAAUGUUCACGACGGCAGCACAACUGCUCGACUUGACCGACAAGAAACUCAUGGUAUCACUCCGCGACGGCAGGAAGUUGAUUGGCGUUUUGAGGAGUUGGGACCAGUUCGGAAACCUCGUCCUCCAGGAUACAGUGGAACGUCUCUUCGCGCAGAACCUCUAUGCCGAUGUCGAGCGUGGUCUCUUCCUCGUCAGAGGAGAGAACGUCUUGCUGCUCGGUGAAAUCGAUUUGGACAGAGACGACUACGUGCCUCCGAGCUUCAAGCAAGCACCCGUGGAUCAAGUAUUCGACCUUCACAAGCAAGAGCAGGCACAAAAGAAGAAGCAGGAAAAGAUCAGAAACAAGAAGCUGGCCGCCUACGGUUUUGAGGGCGAACACUCCGGAGAGGCUAUCCUGUGAGGCGCUUCUGCCGAACAUGAACGGGACACACGAAACUUUUGCCAUGACCAACCACUGCAUCAAAUGUGCUGGUCAAGCUCUUUCAGCCUCGCAACGAUACCCGCGUCAGAGAUCUAGUCUGUCAUCAAAGGGUCCACGACCCGACGGCUGUGAUCGUCUCACGUCGAAAGUAGACGAUGGGCGUUCGACCUUGCGAGUAUGGUUAUCAG